UGUGUGUGUGUGUGUAUGUGUGCGAGUGUGUGCGUGCGCGCGCGCCUAUGUGUGUGUGUUCGCGGACUGGCCCAGGCUCAUCGUCAUCGCCGUCAUCGUCGCCCUGAUCCUCAGACGGGACGGGGACGCGACACACACUUGGACUACCUGCUGUCUCACCGGCGGAGACGCGCACACGCGCAGCGGCGGGGACGGCGCGAGCGCACGCGCUGGAGCAGAACUCAUUCAUAGACUCCGAUCUCGCUCUCUCUCUCUCAAUUAUAUGAAUCAUCCGUUUCGUGCCCCAACUUUCCUUCCACGGACAGGAUCCCACAUCUAACAGGUACCGGCGGCAGCGGAGCGGAGGGACAUGAUGAUGAUGAUGGACGGCAUCAUGGGAACCGCGGCCGUGGUUCUCAUAAUAGCGGCGGUGGGGGCUCUGCAGACCAACGAGUCCUGUAGGUCAGGCCAGUACACCAGUCGCGGGGAGUGCUGCAAGCAGUGCCAGCCAGGGGAGGGCGUUGUGGAGCCUUGUGGAGUGUCCCAGACGGUCUGUGCCCAGUGCGUGGACAGUGAGACCUUCUCGGAGAACUUCAGCCAUACGGAGCGCUGCCAGCCCUGCACAAAGUGUACAGGCCUUAUGCGUAUGCUAACACCUUGUACUGACACCAAUGAUGCAAUCUGCGCCUGCGACUAUAGCUACUACAUGAGUGAAGUCACGGGGACCUGCGAGCCCUGUGCGGUCUGCCCAGUAGGCAGUGGUGUGCUGAUGCGCUGCGACCCCAACCACGACACCGUCUGUGAGGAGUGUACGGAAGACACCUUUUCGGAAGACGAGAGCAUGCUGGACCCUUGCAUGCCCUGCACCAUUUGCGAAGAGGAAUUUGACAUACAGCUGGCUUCAUGCACCCCCACCCGUGACACCAUCUGCCAAGCUAUAAAUCCAGAGUACUCUUCCGUCUCACCAACUCCUUCUCUGGAUUCCACAUCGUCGCUCUUAACAGAUGAACCCCUAACUGUUUCCCUGCCCGACGCUGCUACGACAACUAACCGCAGCUCUCUGAGGCUCGGCCAGAGACUCAAUGAGAAGCUCAUCCCUAUCUACUGCUCCAUCCUGGCUGCUGUGGCGGUAGGCUUGGUGGCAUUCAUCAUCUUUAAGAAGUGGAACAGCUGCAAGCAGAACAAGCAGGCGGCAAACAGCAGCACGGUGAACCAGACGCCGUCACCCGAAGGAGAGAAACUGCACAGUGACAGUGGCAUCUCCGUGGACAGCACAAGCCUACAGGAGCAGCAGCAGCAGCAGCAGAUGCAGGCACAUACAGUUGUGAAGAUGGAUGGCGAGAGCAACCUUGCAUUAACCCCUCACAAGUGCGAGGAAGUGGAGAAGUUGCUGAAUCAGGGCUGCGGAGGCGACGCGAUGGGAGCAGAGGAGGACACAGACUGGUGCAACCUGGCGGGACUGCUGGGCUACGGGGACGAGCACAUCGAUUUCUUCCGUCAGGAGGAGCGCCCGAUCCGAGCCCUGCUGUCCGACUGGGCCAGUAAGGACUGCGCCAGCAUGGACGCUUUGUGCACAGCCUUGCGCAAGAUCAACCGCGAUGACAUCGCCCAGAGCCUCGUCACCGCCACGUCGGCAGUGUGAGAGCUUGACCACAAAACCGGAAACACUUCCGACCCCUUCCCUUCAUCUUCGGCACCCAUGCAGUCCCCUCAUCAGGUGACUGGACACCCCCACGCAGGAGGAGGCUUAGGAGCGGGGCAACGUCAAAGCGGAGCUCUGGGAAAGAGGCAGGAUCACCUCGUGAAUGAAAAUUCUAGGAAGGGACCAGUUUCCAGCAAAAAUUUGGCCAACGUUUUCCCCACAGCUCUCCCAGAAAAACACUCGAGGAAGUUAUUGCUCAUGUUCUCUGCAUGGCCUCUCAACGGUCAUGGUCACCUACUGUCUUAGCUCAUCUAUAUUCUUUAUGCAGCGGUGUCCAUGUUACGCAUUCCCCCUUUACUCCUUCAUGAAUGUCUUUGCACCCCUGACAGAGAAGGAGUUCCACUUCAUCUUAGUCAUAAACAUGUGCAUAUUGCCAUUUCCUAUCACACCCUCCAAACUUCCUCAUACCUCCUUCCUACAGGUGAUCACAUUCCAUCUCUGUUCUCACCUGUUGUUACUCUCUCUUCUGUCCUUCCCAUUUGUCCAUGUCCUUUCCCUCCAAUCUAUGUCCUUUUGUAGGAAGAAGAGCCAUAUCCCUACCUGGCAGUCAAUGUAGCUGUAGACGUAACAAACUCCCUAUCCUUGCG